GUACUUGGCAAGGCAAAGCCUGGCCCAGGCCUGCUAUGCCAAUUAAACCAGAACUGACUCUUUACUGACCUGCACGCGAUGACGGAGGUGCCUCUUGAAACCUCUAAGCUUACAACGUCGUAUGAACGCUACCAACAGCCAAUACUGCAAGAGAGCAGUUGUGCUGCAGGCGGCCACACAGGGAGGCAGCAGCAACAGCGGGUUAGGCGCUUUCUCAGGGCACUCAGCUCGCGACGGAUAGUGCGGGGCCAUCAACAACCCAAUGCGGGCGCCCAGCAAGGACUCACUAGCACUAGUAAGAGAGCUGUUGUUGCAACACAACGCCGCCGUCGUCGAAGGGUCAAUCCGCCGCGCUUGCUGCGUCCGACUGCAAGGAGCGGCGCUGACGACAGCGAAGGAGCAAGCUUGUCUUCCACUUCCCGAGGACCAAGAGGACGACUACGAGUAUCGUGUAUACCCUCAACCUUUUCUGCUGCAGAGAUGCAGAAAUAUGCUGAAGCGAGAAAAAAGCCUGCGCGGAAACUCCCGCCACUUCCACCGACUCCACAUCCUGCUCAAUCUCCAGGGCUUGACAUUGGUGGCAUUCUGAAAUGGAUCAAUCACACGUUGAAGGAAGAGCCUCGGAUAACACGUGUUGACGAGCUCUAUGACGGUAUCAUUUUCCUUCGGCUUAUCAAGGCCGUGUCUGGACAUGAUGUGGAACUGGGGGAUACCGUCACCACACAGGAUCGGCUCAAAGCUGUUAUGGAGCUGUGUACCUCCAAGCUCAGAAUCGCUCCCGAUGUGAGCGUUGGACAACUGCGGACAACUCAUGGUGCCAAGACAUUGGCUUUCGACUUGCAGAAGUAUUCGGAUGAACAGCUCCGACGGAAAAUUGGACAAGAGAUCAAGGAGGAAAACUCGGCGAAACUCAAUACCAGCUGGCCAAGCGAAGCAUAUAGUACGGCUGCCGCUCAGGCCUCCAGCACCCCAACGGAUCGGUCCCUGUCCACUUCGUCACAGCCCACAAGCGCGGCGGCCAGUGUGGCGGCCAGUGCCGAUGGCAGCGCAGGCGAGGACGACGAUAGUACAGAGGAGGAUAUGUUGAGGCGCACUCAUGGCCGCUUCAAAGUGGUAAUGACCGAGUUGGCACUGACGUUGCCCGUAGCUAGAGAUGGCUCAGUGGUGAAGGUAUCAACCAUCAGCAAGAUGCCCGCCGUUACGUAUGUUCGCAUAGGUGGCAGCCCACCAGAGGGUGAUGAGUCUGCACAGCAGGCGGCCGGUGAUACUCAGACAUCCACGGCGGCUGCUAGCAGUGCGUCACCAGUGCUGCGCGGGCAAGCAAGCACGGAGACUGAUCUUCACGCUCACGGCGGUGCGUCUCGGGCAGCAGCUCAGGCAACUGCCGAUGCGGCUGUUAUUCCACCCGGCGAGGCUGCAGCUCAACCAACUGCCGACGCCACUGCUGGACCGACUACGAGGACUGAAGCUGCUGUUGUUGUAUCUACCAGGGCUGGUUCUCGGCCCAGUGUGGAGACUGCCGCUCGACUCACUUACGCCGAGCCCGUAGCUAAAACGUACGCCGAGGAGCAGUACACGACCGUGGUAACACUCCCUGUGCCAAAGCAAAGGAAACAGGCGUCUCCGGCACAGCUGUCGGUGCAUAACAGUCCAACUACCAAGGCUACUGCUACCAGUGAAGGUGUGGAACUGCAAGAGCAAAGCUCCUGGAGCUCCUACGAUGUCACGGAUCCCGACAAUGACGAGCCUUCUCCGACUGUAUCCGAGCUAUCCAAUAUAUCGAGUUUAUCUGACAUGAUGAAAGACAGUCUAACUCCACUGAAAUCAGAAGCCGACGCUAGCAGUUCACCAUCUCCAGGUCAAGUGGCCCCAUCGCAGAAACGGAAACCAGUCAUGCAGGUACGAGCGAAGAGAAGACGCGAAAAAUAUGCGAGAACACCGACUGCUGCUCCAGAGAAUCUGGGUGGCGAUGGGGACGAGGACAUAGACAGCGGUGACGAAUCACCGGAUGAACUCCGUCCGCUGCGAGACACCGGUGCAACCAGGCCAACCUCUAGUAGUGGUGGGUCAAGAGGAGGCUCAGUGUUCCUGUCCUCCAGCAAUACUCCAUUGCCUGGCUAUGCUAUGGGUGGCGAGGAGGAUAGCGCGUCGGCCAACAUCACGCUGCCGAUCACGUUGUUCACCAACCUCUGCAAGAACGUCAUGCAGGGUCAGCGUAUGGUCGGCAAGCUACAGCGGCAAAUCAUGAAGCAGCAUGACGCUGCACAGAAGUAUUUCAGGCGCACGGAGCAGCUGGAGCUCGAAUGUCUGCGUCUCCACAAGUUGUUCGAUCGGAAAAUGCGAGACAUGGACGGUAGCUUGGUGGAUUUGAGCAGGAAGUGCUGCUCGCUGGAUGGUAGAGUUCUCUCGACCGACACACAUUUCCGGCAGAGCAGUACUGAGUGUCGCCGUGAUUCCGAGGCGGCUAUCUCCAUGGCGAGAGGACAGACAGAUCGGGUUAACGACUUGACCGGUCGGAUUGACAUAGUGGAGAACUAUUUUUCUGUUUUGGAGAAGGAUAUUGCGGCGUGUCGUGACUACAUUACACAGCAAAGUGGCAAGCCUUCCAAGAGAGCGAAGUCCAAAGAUCGUACUGGGGGCCUGAAUGUCUUCAAACGCCUUGGCAAGAAGAACAGCGCUAGUGGAGCAACAGCCGCGCAGGUCGGCGGUGGUAGCAGCCUAUCAGCUAUGAGGUCAGUGUCGACGCCUCACCUGGUCGACCCGUUUCAGUCUGCAGGCCGGGCCGCUGCUGAUGCAUCUGUUGCUGCAGGGGCCAGCGCUUCCUCUGCCACCGCACCAGCUACUGGCACGGCGUCGUCGCAGGGUGCAGCUGCACCGCGGCGACGAGUGCCACUGAACCGGGCCUGGUCCCAUGGCAACACCAGCACAUCCGGCACUUUGCAGACCUGUGAAUGUGAGCAAGAAGAGAUCAUGCUCUGACAAGAUGGUCUCUGAUUUAAGCUGGAAGACAGCUGAUUCAAGCUAUCCUCCACCAUUGCUGUCCUUCUGGCCAGGUGAAUGAGUCGACGUGGCCAGAUGGCAUUUGAUCUUUCUCCUGGGUUGCUCUGGCCUUUCCCGCAGCGGUUUUCAUGCUGCAACUUGAAGCCGCGGUGGUGCCUUGAUUGUUUGACAGCCUGAGUGUAACAAUGUUAGAGAGGAGCGUGACACCACCAGCCCAACACACGGCACCCAGUGCUGUCCCACCUCCACCACACACACCGAUGGUUGUCCCGUGCUGGUCACAAACCAUGCUGGUCAGUGUACUAAUAGUAUAGUACCAGUACUGCAAGUACACUACUGCUUUUAAAGGAAAUCCAGUCGCGUCACUCAACUACACACCGGCACGGCGUUGCGCAGCCCUAGACCGGCGAACGCUGGGCUGCGAAAUGGUGCAGGGCGCAAACUCGAGUGGCGUGACUGGCUUUCACUGAGCAACAGUGUACUCAUGUUCACUGUGUGAUGUGAGUUUUGAGUCUUGUGUGAAUGCCAUAGUAUCAUGAUUGGUCCGAUAAUGUUGGUCUCGUGAACAACAUGUAUCCCUGAAUGGUGUUUGCAUAAUAAUAUUAUUAUGUAAUUGGUCGUGUUUGCCAAUACGAUUUUUCGUUCUCAACACCAUGAUGAUGAUGAUGUUGAUGAUGUUGUUGUUGUUUAUAGCACGUAUUGUUGGUCCUGGUUCCGAAGUUGCCGCUUUAUCUCUCGCCUUCCUGUCUUUGUAAAGCUGACAAGGGGUGGACUGAUUAGCAAUAAUUACUUCUUGAACUACUACUGCACUUGGUGCAUCCCGAAUCUGGCACUUUAAUUUAA